CGCAAUUUCUACUAUUAGUGUCAUCUAGUAGAAAUUAUUAGAGCUAAUAUCUUCUACCACAGAAUUUUCUUAAUUUAUAUAUACCCUUCGAAAAGCAAUUUGCAUACUGAUUGUUGCACAGCUGAUCUCGUAAUAUCAUCCAGAACGAUAUUUUUUUGUGUGUUUUUUUAAUACUUAUGAAAAAUCGACUGUGAAAGAACAUUGCAGAUAUUUAGAGGUUUGUUUCGUAUUUGUUAAUAAUCAUAUCUUAUUAUUCUUUUAACAUUGUGACACAUUCAAGGAAAAUGUAUUAAGCAAGUAAUUCAGUAAUAGUGAAUGGAUGAAAAGUGUAUCAUCGAGAUUUACAGAAGUAAAAACCGUGUGAAUAAUCUGUUUUGGUGUUUGAGUUUUAUUUAUUGGACUAGUCAACGGUUAUGGUAUAUUUGUCGGGUACCUGGGGUAUGGGAGAAACAAAAUCGCAGUGCCAUAAUACAAAUAAUUCCUCCUUUCUGCAGGAGAAUGAUGAAGAAGUCGCAUUAUUACCACUCAAAAAUCAGGUUGGUGGACAUACAAGAUUACUUUUAUUAAACCAAAAUACUAUUUGUAAACCAUUAAACUGUAGAGAACUUGAUUUUUAUCAAAACAUUCCACAAGAUAUUCAAGUUUUUGUUCCAAAAUUUAAAGGUGUUUUGCAAGCUUCCAAUAGUGGUGAAGUUACAUUAGAUAAACGUUACAGUCCUAGUUUUAGAGAACAUGAUAAUAGACAAGGACAUAAUUCAAGUAAAAGAAAAAGAGAAGAUGUAUUAAGAAUGAAAAUUCAUCAUGAUAACACAUUAGCAGGAAUAUUAAAACCAGGAAUGCAUUUGGACAAUGCAUCAAACAAACAAUAUUUCCUUUUAUUGGAAAAUAUAACAUCACAAUAUACUCAUCCAUGUAUAUUGGACCUGAAAAUGGGAACCAGACAACAUGGUGAUGAUGCAUCUGUUGAAAAACGUAAUAAACAAAUUGCAAAAUGUGCUGCUAGUACAUCAGCUUCAUUAGGUGUUAGAUUGUGUGGAAUGCAGGUUUAUCAAGCCAAUACCAAUCAUUAUGUGAAAAGGGAUAAAUAUUGGGGUAGAGCGUUAAAUGAAGAAGGUUUUAAAGCAGCAUUGUAUCGUUUUUUUCACAAUGGCUUUUGUUUACGAACGUUAGUUAUCGAAAAAGUGGUAUCACGAUUAGAACAAUUACGACGUGCAAUAGAGAGACAAAGCAGCUAUCGAUUUUAUUCGUGUUCAUUAUUAGUCGUUUAUGAAGGUUGUCAAAUGGAUUUUUCGGGGUUCGGUCAUUCAUCGUCUUUAUUACAAAUGGACGAAGAUUCAACAAAUUCUAGUUCUAUUAGUGAUGACGGUCCUCAUACUUCGGAUAGCUGUUACGAUGGUGACAUAAGUAACAGUUCCACAGAUUAUAAUCUUUCAAUCGAAGAAGAAAUCGGUCAAACGAGUACUUUACACAGAGGAUUUGGGAAGGCAACAACUCGAGAGGCCAAACGUAUCGCCAGAUUUUAUCCUACAAGCAGUGAGGAGACAGUUUUCGUUGGAUCUACGGACAGCUUGAUCGACAGGAUGCUCCAAUCUCCCAGAUACGAACAAUGGAUGGUUUAUGGCACUUCGAGCGAUGAAUAUUGUUUUGGACAAAGUUCGGAUAAUGAUACGCAAGAUGCUAAUUCUGAUAUUGAAAUUAGAUCUGAUCCUGGAAUAAAGCGACAAAAACAUGGACAUGAAUUAUUUCAUAUUUACGAAAGAGAAAAGAGAAUAGAGAAAGAACUCAAAUGUGCCAAUAUGUCGAACAGAUAUUCGUACACAUCUUAUCCUUAUCAAAUGAAAAAAAUGAAACAGAAAUCUCAGGAUGCAUUGGUCGACGUAAGGAUCAUUGAUUUUGCGCACACGACCUUUGUUCACGGUUCUAGCAUGCCUUGUAACUCGGCUCACGCUCCUAUGGUACAUCAAGGUCCAGAUUGUGGUUUUCUAACCGGUCUGGAUAGUUUAAAGCGACUUCUACUUGAAAUUUUAACUGAAGGUUAAUUGCUAAGAAUUUGUUAUAAAUUUCUCUGUAUACAUAUAAAGAACGAUACAUAAAAAGGAAGAAUCGACGAAGAAUUUUUAAUUUAUAUUAAAAACAUUGAUGACAAAACUCUGAUUAUCUUAUUAAAUGUGAUUGAUUUCUGUGAAACAAAUCUGUACAUAUGUAUUUUGAAUGUAUGAUUUUACAUAGCAAAAUUUUACUAAAUGUACCAGUGAGUAUAUGUGAGAAAUUUAUGAGUCUGUAUUGAAAUAUGUGAAUGUGAAUUGCAUAUAAAAAGUAUUAUUUAAUUCAUAUAUUCAUGAAUAUAUAUAUCUACAUAUACAUAUAUAUAUACAUAUAUAUAUAUAUACAUAUAUAUGUAUAUAUGUAUAUAUAUGUAUAUGUGUAUGUAUGUAUAUAUAUAUAUGUACAUAGCUUGUACAUUACGCGAGAACCGUUGUCGGUUAUUAUAUGUACAUAUGAUUCUUAAUAUAAAAAUAUUCGAAAGAAAUAUUUUUAAGAAACAAUGUAU